UCAACAGAUGACUGCCACACAGUUGUAACGGGAGUGGAAAGAGAAAGCACCAGCAGCGAGAAGAAGCGAGGGCAAGGGACAAUUAUUUAUCCCCCCAAAAAUUCAUGAUAGCAGUAUGUCUGCCAAAGUCUGCCAGGAGGCGGAUCACUCCGGACUGCUCAAGUUUUCCUCUGCUGCGUUUUACGCCGGCAGCUCGUUUCUGAUCACGGUGGUGAACAAGACUGUGCUCACCAGCUUCAGAUUCCCUUCGUACAUGUGUCUGGGACUCGGCCAGAUGAUCACCACUAUUGUAAUCCUUUAUUCUGCAAAAAUGAACAAAACAGUCCAGUUUCAAGACUUUGACAGAAGUAUUUUCUUCAAAAUAUUCCCUCUCCCCUUGCUGCAUGUUGGAAACCAUAUGACAGGACUCGCAAGCACCAAAAAGCUAAGUUUACCCAUGUUUACAGUGUUGCGAAAAUUCACCAUAUUGAUGACGAUGAUCCUGGAAGUACAUAUAUUAAGAAAAACAUUUCCAAAACGUCUUGUCUACAGUGUUGUGGCCAUAGUCCUUGGUGCCUUGGUUGCUGCAAGUGCUGACUUGGCAUUCGAUGCGGAGGGCUACACUUUUAUCCUGCUCAACGAUGCCUUCACAGCUGCCAGCGGUGUGUACACCAAGAAAAAACUCGGCUCUGAGGGUCUUGGGAAAUAUGGCGUCUUAUUUUACAAUUCAUUAAUCAUUGUCAUCCCGACUCUGUUGGCAAGUGUAUUCACGGGAGACUUGCACAAGGCCAUCACCUUUGAAGACUGGGUGAAAGGCACCUUUAUUUUUUGUUUCCUCAUGUCCUGCAUCAUGGGGUUUUUGCUGAUGUACUCAAUAGUUUUGUGUAGUCAUUAUAACUCGGCGCUCACCACCACAGUCGUGGGGGCAAUUAAGAAUGUUGCAGUUGCGUAUAUCGGCAUCUUUGUGGGUGGAGACUACCUUUUCUCUUGGACAAACUUCCUGGGCCUCACCAUUUGCAUGUCAGGUGGAAUUGUGUACUCCUACCAGACAUUUAACAGCAAACCUUCAUCUGAAAGUAAAGGAGAGGCAACACAAGAGCAGCUGAAGAUCCACAUUGCAGAAAACUCUACAGGGAAGCACUCUGCUGGCAUUUACUGAUCCGGCUCAGCUUGCAUCUGUCAGUGGCACUCCUCUGCUCCAUAUUGGAGCAAAUGAUUGAUUUCCUGUUAUUUUUAUAUUUAUUUAUGCAGCUGAAUUCAUUAUCCUGGUAGAUUACCGUUACUAAAUAGUGUGCUACCAAUCAUGUAAUUCAAUAAAGUGACAGGAGGUGAGUCUG